ACUUCUUCGCCGUAACGAGAGAGAGAGAGAGGAAAUUGUUCCGCUUGCUAAUUUUCGCUUUUCAAUUCGAGUGAGCUUCUUUACUAGUCGUUUUCUUCAUUGUGGGUGUGUGUAUGUGAGAGAGAUGAAGUACGUGUUGGUGACGGGGGGAGUGGUCAGUGGACUGGGGAAAGGGGUGACGGCGAGCAGCAUUGGAGUCCUCCUCAAGGCAUGCGGGCUCCGACUGACGGCGAUAAAGAUUGAUCCUUAUCUAAAUACUGACGCUGGGACAAUGUCCCCGUUUGAGCAUGGCGAAGUGUUUGUCUUAGAUGAUGGCGGUGAGGUGGACUUCGUUCUUGGAAACUAUGAAAGGUUUCUUGAUGUCAAGUUAACUUGUGACAAUAGCAUCACAACUGGAAAGAUCUAUCAGUUUGUCAUUGACAAGGAGAGAAGGGGAGACUAUCUGGGGAAGACAGUCCAGGUCAUGCCGCACAUGACAGAUGCCAUACAAGAGUGGAUAGAACGUGCAGCUAUGAUACCCGUGGAUGGGGAAGAAGGGCCUCCUGAUGUUUGUAUAAUAGAAUUGGGUGGAACCAUAGGGACCACGAUCUUUUCACGGCAUAACGACAGUGGAAUUCUUGAUGCAGGAGAUAUAGAAUCUAUGCCAUUUAUAGAAGCUUUGGGUCAGUUCUCUUACCGUGUAGGUCCUGAUAACUUUUGUGUGGUCCAUGUCAGUCUUGUUCCUGUUCUAAAUGAAGUCGGUGAGCAGAAAACUAAGCCAACACAACAUAGUGUUUGGGGCCUAAGAGGACUUGGGUUGGCACCUGACAUUCUAGCCUGCCAGAGCACUAAGGCACUGGAUGAAAACAUAAAAGAGAAACUUUCAAGAUUUUGCCAUGUCCCGGUGGCAGAUAUCAUUACUCUCAAUGAUGUUACAAAUAUUUGGCACAUUCCUUUAUUGUUGGGGGAGCAAAAGGCACAUGAGACUAUUAUAAAGCUAUUGAAUCUUCAAGGGAUUGCUAAGGAACUUGCAUUGGAAGAAUGGACAAGUAGAGCCAGAAUUUAUGACACCUUGCAUGAUCCUGUUAGGAUUGUGAUGGUUGGAAAGUAUACUGGCCAGUCUGAUUCUUAUCUCUCAGUAUUGGAGGCUCUUCUGCAUGCUUCUAUUGCUUGUUAUAAGAAACUUGUGGUGGAUUGGGUUCGAUCUUCUGACCUUGAAGACAGUGCGGCAAUAGAAACACCUGAUCUUUUUAGAGGAGCAUGGAAACGGUUGAAGGGUGCAGAUGGCAUACUAGUCCCAGGGGGUUUUGGAGAUAGAGGGGUGGAAGGAAAAAUUCUAGCUGCUAAAUAUGCCCGUGAAAACAAUGUUCCAUUUCUUGGAAUUUGUCUUGGCAUGCAAGUUGCUGUCAUUGAAUUUGCCCGUUCUAUUCUGAACUUGCAUGAUGCAAAUAGCACAGAGUUUGAUCCUGAUACAACAAAUCCAUGUAUUGUUUUUAUGCCAGAGGGUUCUAAGACUCAUAAGGGAGCUACAAUGCAUCUUGGAUCAAGGAGGACCUUUUUUGAGGUUACUGACUGUAUAUCUGCUAAGUUGUAUGGGAAUGUCAGCUUUAUCGAUGAACGACAUCGACACCGAUAUGAGGUAAACCCUGAAAUGGUUGCAGAACUUGAAAAGGCUGGUCUCUCUUUUGUUGGUAAAGAUGAAACCAAAAGACGAAUGGAGAUUGUUGAGUUCCAUGCUCAUCCUUAUUUUAUUGGUGUGCAAUUUCAUCCGGAGUUCAAGUCAAGACCUGGAAAACCCUCUGCCCUAUUUUUAGGACUCAUUGGAGCUGCAUGUGGGCAACUCGAUACUUUGCUGCAAAAUCCCAGCCAUUGUAGCAACCCAACAAAAAGACAUAUCUUUAGCAACAGCUUCUCACCUGUGAAAUCCAACAGGAACAUGAACUUGAAGAAGCCUGUAAAGAGCCUGCCAGAUAGGAACCUCUACUCCAACGGCAACGGUGUUCAUGUCGAAUUAACCAUGGUUUCUGACGAAUAAGCUGCAGGAAUGGUUCUCGCUCCAGGGUUUUAGCAGGGGACAACCAUACAUUUCCUUCAGCCAGUUAGAACUCAAAGUGAUUUACUUAAUCUCGCUUUCUUUAUAGGUUGGAAAAUGUUGUGCAUUCGUCUAAAAGACUUUGGUUUCAUGAUCUUUAUAUCGAGAAUGCCUUUCUUAGCAUUUUAAGUCUGCUGUAAGCCUACUAGCAGCAUCUAUGUACAUAUGUUUCAGGAAGAUAAAUAUAUAAUUGUGUUUCGUUGGUGC